CCAUGACAUGCUAACCAAACCGGGUUUUCUGGAAAAAUUGGAUACAUCUAAUUUCCCGCCAUCUCAUCCGUGUUAUAGAACCGAGAGAAAAAAAGUUCCCGGAACUUUCACAGAUGAGACUGGAGGUGAAAUAAUCUCGGAACAAGUGGCUCUAAAACCAAAAUCGUAUGGUUACAUACAGGUUGGACAUGAACAUAUUAAAGCUAAGGGCGUUGCUUACCAUGUAAUAAAGAACCAUAUGACAUUUGAGGAUCAUAUGGAUUGUUUAUUCCAAGGUAUCAAUGGAAAAGAUCCUGAUGCAUUCAAUCCAUACCGUACGAUGAACUCAUUCCGUUCUUAUAAACAUAAUAUUAAAACCAUUUCAACCCUCAAGCUAGCGUUAAAUCGACAUGACGACAAGAGAGUUGUAUUACCUGACCGUAUACAUACUUUACCUUAUGGACAUUAUAAACUAAUGGAGAUGGCUGAAGAAGAAGAAGAAGAAGAUGAAGAAGAAGAAGAAGAAGAAGAACUAUAAUUUCCAAUUUAUUAUUAAGUUUAUAGAUAUUGUUAUUUUUUUUUUUUCACCCU